AAGAUAUUAUCUCUGCGGAGUUUUAUGCGUAAAUUAUUAUUUUAAAAUAUAAAUCAACAGACAAGAUUAUUAUUUCUCUCUCACUUCCACAGAUUACUCCACCGUACUCCGUCGCCGCCGUGAUAAUCUCCCCCGCUGCCGUGCCUGAGAUAAUGGCCCCCACCAUCUUGAACGGAUCAGCAACUUUUAAUAGAGCGGGGUACUGUAAGUGAGAGGCGCGCCGUUGAUUAGUGAAUUCUUAACGGCUGGUGUUCGCAAGGGAGAAGAGAGCAAUGGAGGGCAGACUCGAUGGAAGACUGAGUGUAGUGGAGAACCAGCUGGAUGCCAUGGAGAUAGCGGUCGACGGAAUAAAGGCAGAAAAUAUAGCAUUGUGCCAAGAUAUGAUGGCGAUACGACAAGACUUGCAAGAAGUCAUGCGGAUUUUGGGAGGAAGGGUGCGUGACCAGGAGGGGAUGUCUGACGGUAGUCAAACGUCUGUAAACGCCAAUCGGAGGACGAGGCGGUAAGGCAAGAUUGGAGGAAGAGACGGAGAGCGCGACGAAAGUCGCGACAGGUGGCGAAAACGAGUAGAAUUGCCCCUUUUCGAGGGUUUUGAUCCGCUAAAUUGGAUCAAUUGUGUGGAAAAAAUUUUUGAAGUGCAAGGCGUCUCGGAGGCGAAGAAAGUGCGGUUAGCAUACAUUAGUAUGAAAGGGAGUGCAGGAUACUGGAUCCGGGCUUGGAGAACGAAGGCCAGGAACUAAUCCUGGGAAGGACUGAAGGAUGCGCUGGUAAUGAGGUCUGGGGGUCGAAACAGAGGGUUGGUUUUUGAGCGAUUAGCAGCGACUAAACAAAUGGGGACAGUGGAUGAGUUCGUCCAAGAAUUCGAGGUUUUGGCGGGGCAAACGAAAGGGUUUCCGAACGAACAACUACUGGGGUAUUUCCUUGCGAGCUUGCAGGAGGAUAUGGAAGAGACUGACGCGAGCAUGGACCAGAGGCAGAUGGAACUUUCCUCGUUCUCUGCAGGAGGAUUAACACAGCCCAAGAAGAUGAAGUUGCAAGGGGAGAUAAAGGGGAGAAUCGUGCUCGUAUUGAUCGACAAUGGCACAAGCCACAAGUUCAUAUUGCAAGGGGUGGUCGAGGAGCUGAGUUUGGAGGUAGAGGCGACCAGGCGGUAUCACGUAAGCCUGGGGGAUGGACAGAAGAGGAGGACCCAGGGUCUAUGCAGGGGGGUAAUACUGAAAAUAGGGAAGGUUGAGGUUGAAGAACGAUUUUAUCUUUUCGAACUAGGCGGAGUAUAGGCGAUAUUAGGGGUGGAAUGGCUAACAAAAUUGGGGGAAGUAACGACCAACUGGGGAAACCUAACCAUGGCCUUCAGGCAGGGAGUAAAGGAGGUGGUGAUCUAAGGGGAUCCAUCAUUGGCUAAAGAGGUGACCAUAAUGCUGGAAGCUAAUAGAAGGCAGGAAGAAUGGAAGUCCUUGGAGGAGGAAUUGCCACCACCCAAGCUGCCAUACCUGAAUUGGAAAGUAGUAGCUAGUGGGGUUCCUUCAUAUGAUAACAUGAGAAUGAAGAGGAGUCAUGAGAUCAAGCUUCCCGGUUUCAACCUUUAGAACAAGGUUGUUCAGCAGCAGGGAGUAAUGUUAGGACUUGGAAAGUAUAUGAAAGAAGAAAGAGAGUAGAAAAAUAAGGGAGAGUACCUAACUGCUGAGUAGUAAAAUGGGGCGGGAAAGGUGUCUAUAUACGAUACCUCUUUUGUAGUUUUAGUUAGUUAGUUACUAUAUUAAUUGUACAGACCGGUUGUAAACCUGGUGAGGGAGGUUAAGCUCCCGGAUUCUUGAUUGUAUUCUUUGUUCAUUGGUUGUGAAUAUAAUACAUUUCUUUUUACUCA